AUGAGAAACCACCUAAAUGAUCUAGUGGUAUUGUUUUUGCUUCUCACAGUAGCAGCUCAGGCCCACUUAGUCACGUUCCACUCGACUGAAGAGCUGAAAUUCGAUUCAUGUAAGAAGAGUGUUGAGGAAGUCGCAACGUUUUGUAGUAACUCGACGUUGGAUUCGAAAUUCGUUUGCAUGUGCCAGACAAAACCAUAUUUGCAAACAGUUCUUUACUGUGCAGAGAACUAUGCUUCGUUAUCCCAUAGCGCUAUUGAAAAAGAGGCCCUGGAUCGUUGUCCGAAACUAAAUUCUACGAGCAUACAAAAGACCCUGGAAUCCCUCUCCUCUGUAACGUUUAUUGACAUCGACUCAGAUACAUCCUUUAGCAAGAAAAAGCUCGUUACAUCGCCUAUUAAGGGACAAAAAUACGCCAAAUGGCAAAAAAUGUAUUACAUUGGCAGCAGUCACAGAUACGAUAACUAUAAGACCUCACAUUACCUUGCUGCUGCCUCGGUGUCUUAUUGGCUCCUGAUUCUGCUUUUAGCUGGUGUUUGCAAUUGGACAAGAGUCAUAGCCCCUAAGUUGGCUCAAUCACCAGCCCUGAACAAUAAGCUUGUCAGGCAGUACAGAAAGUAUAUAUCUUUGCCCACACUUUUUGGAUAUCAUGCAAAGCCAGUUACCAAAUUCAAAAUUUUUUCAGGAAUGGCGCCUACAACUUUGGAGACCACAAUAUUGUCUAUCUUCUUUGUCUACUGUGUCUUAGCCAAUGGAAUACUAGGAUUUUCAUACCAAAAAAAUGAUCCAGUGUUUGCCAAUCAGGGUACAGGCUACGGUCGAUAUCAUGGUGAUAGAAGUGGUAUAUUACUUUCUUACCAUCUACCGUUGUUAUUUAUUUUUGCAGGAAGAAACAACUUGUUCCAAUAUGUAACCAAGUGGCCUCAAUCAAGAUUCCUUACAUUCCACAAGUCGCUUGCUAGGAUCAUAUUCUGCGAGAUUUUGGUGCACGCCAUUUCCUUCACGGUACAAACAUUCUCUCUAGGCCCCCAACAGGUCACAAAAAGAUUAGCAGCCAAUUACUAUCGAUGGGGAAUCGUUGGGGCAGUUGCUGCAGCAUGUGUUCUUAUCGGUGCCGUCCACAGGAUAAGACAAGCGAACUAUGACCUUUUUGUAUUGGUACAUAUCAUUCUGGUGGCCGUAUUCCUUGCUGCCGCAUGGAUUCAUGCUGCAAGUCAAGUGUACGAGCAAUUUUAUAUUGCAUGUGCAGCUAUAUGGUGUUUUGAUCGUUUCAUUAGGCUUGUCAGAAUGUUCAGCUUCGGCAUGAGAACCUCCAAAGCUGAGUUGAUUUCUAACGAAACAAUCAAAUUAACCAUUCCAAGAAAUGCAUCUUUCCGAUCAUUUCCCAAUGCCUAUGGGUACGUCUACUUUAUGACUCCUUUAACCUUUUAUCGGUCACAUCCGUUCACGGUCGUCCCCUCCGAAGACGGAAAGCACAUACAUUUCUUUGUCAAGGUGAAAGGAGGCCUGACUUCCUAUAUUUCGAAGAGAAUCCUCCAAAAUGAUGAUCUUACAUGCAACUUCAGAAUUUGCGUGGAAGGACCUUACGGUUUGAGCGUUCCCGUCCACAAAUAUGACACUUCUCUGCUAAUUGCAUCUGGAAACGGUGUUCCAGGUCCGUUUGCGGAGGCCAAAGAAGUUGCUGAACGAAACCUGAAAGUCCACACUAAACUGUAUUGGAUCAUCAGAGAUUGGCACUCACUGAACUGGUUUUAUCCACAGAUCAAGUCUUUAGAAAAGUCAAACGUUGAAGUUGUCAUAUAUGUGACGAACACAACAUCAUCAGUAGACAAAGUGAACUUUUAUUCAUCCUCUUCUUCCUCGGAAGCUUCAUUGGAUGAAAACAAACAAAUCGCAGAAUCCAAAGAGACCACUCCACAAUUGGACCGCUUGUCCUUUGUCGAAUUCAGAACGGGAAGACCUAACCUUGAGGAAGUUCUCAAUAGAGAUAUCAGCGAGUCCAAUGGAACCGUCUCUGUAUUAACUUGUGGCCAUCCACAUAUGUGUGAUCACGUCAGAGAUGCCAUAGCUCGUAACACCCCAAACUAUAAGAAGAGAGUAGAUUACUACGAAUCAGUGCAAGUGUGGUAA